CUUGUCCAGUGAAACACGCGACCAGUUGAGAGACCCGCUUGUAUGUGUCUAUGUGUCGCAAAGGUCGCGACUGCCCACUUCUCCCUCUCCUACCAUUUUAUUGCUCUAGCAGAGACUGGCACCGUGAGCCAGAUUCUUUCAACUUCCAGACUCUGCUGGUCAAGUCACCUUCGGUUGAUCCAUUCAAUCAUACAUUCGGUCAUAUAUCACUUCAACGUUCGUCAUGACCACCACCGAUGAUCCCAAGCCUUCUGUUCUGAUCGUCGGAGGUCUCGGUUAUGUCGGCAGGUUCCUGGCAAAGUAUAUUCAUUCCAACAAACUUGCAUCAACGGUCCGGAUAGUCGACAAGAUUCUUCCCCAAUUGGCACAUCUCGCUCCAGAAUUUGAAGAAUCAUGCUCGCAAAAGAUAUUCGUCCAGGCCGACGCAUCUCGCGAAACUUCCAUGUCCAGGAUAUUUGACCAUCCCGCCGGACCGGAUGUGACGUGGGACUAUGUAUUCAAUCUCGCUGGCGAAACUGCCUGGUCUCAGACACCCGAGAUCUACCGAUUACGUUCAUUGCAAUUGAGUGUGGCGCUUGCCAACGAGGUUGCCAAACGAGGUGUCAAAGCGUUUGUCGAGGCCAGCACAGGCACAGUUUACGCCCCAAAUCGAAGCCCGCGCACCGAGCAGGACAAAUUGAAGCCGUGGCUGAAGAUGUCAAAGGUCAAAUUGGAAACGGAGCGGGAACUUGCUCGCAUUCCCGGCCUGAAUCUGGUUAUUCUUCGCAUGGCUUUUGUUUACGGUGAUUACGAUUCUAAAUUCGUUUCCAAAGCUCUCGUUCUAUCACGCGUCUACAAGGAACAGGACAAAGAACUCAAAUGGUUAUGGACCGAGGAUCUCCGGAUCAACACGGUGCACGUCGAGGAUGUCGCACGUGCGCUCUGGGCAGCCGCCAAAUGGAGGGAGUUCAACGCCGUUGUUCCCCCCUCAUCUCCAAUGUCUUCUCGGCGCUCAACCUUGAGCUCAAAAGGAGAAGAUGCACCUAUCGGAAAUGUACCCAUUUUCAAUAUCGUCGACCACGGAGAAACAGACCAAGGCAAACUUGCUGAGAUCGUUUCCAAAGUCUUCAACAUCAAGACUGGAUUCCAGGGCUCCUUGAUAUCCCAGUUCGCCAAAUUAAAUCUCGACCGUGUGGUCGACGAAGUCAACGAAGACGUUCUUCAACCAUGGGCGGACCUCUUACAUGAAAAAGGCAUCACGCAACCCGGUCCACUCAGUCCAUUCCUCGAGAAAGAACUUCUCAAGGACGCUGACCUCAGCCUAGACGGCACAUUAUUCGAGAGAGUCGUCGACUUUCAGUAUGAACAUGAGCGUCUGACCGAAGAUGAGGUCCGAUCAAUGAUGGCCAGCUACGAAAGAAUGAAUUGGUGGCCAUGAGCAACGAACGAGCGUCCUAGUGUUGACGAUUAUGAAUAAGAGAAUGAUAUGUACGGCCGACAUCCUUCAAUUUUUGACAGGUCACUCACCUGGCGAGAUUGCAAUUUGCUUCGACGUCUUUCUACCUAACCCACCUUACCUACCUUACCUAGCUAGGUGCUUGGUACUCUUCGAAUGGACAUGGAACUAGCAAACGGUGUUUGUGUGGUAUUGAUGAAUGAUUAUUGGUAUUGUUAUGAUGCACGAUUGUGGGUGGAAACCACCCAGCUCGACUGUGUUCUUCACUUUGGAUUUGGCCUUGAAAGCAAGCACACUUAGACCGUCUUCUUGUAAUGAGGAUGUAGGGAAUCGUUUUCUGCCACUUUGGUACAACCACGCUCAUAUUCAGCUACGGCUACAGCCAACCGCCCCGAGAUAGUGAAACAUACCUAGGUACCUGACUUGACUUAAAAUCCUGAUUUCAUGCACAA